CUUCAACCAUCGCAGCCCGGAACUUAGAAGGAAGCUCAAAUUGAAAAGAGCGCCUUGAUUUAAAGUGUGAACGUUACCUGAAGUGUCCUCCUCGUCACUGUGACCAUGAGCUUCUGCCCUGGUCCGCCCGCCCCCCCCGGGGGCACCAGCAUCCAGGAGCAAAGGGACCGCUGGGAGAGGAAACGCAGCCGCACAGCCCGAGAGUUGGUGCAGACAGAACAACGCUACGUCCAACAGCUGCAGCUAGUCGCCACGUACUUUGUCGAGAUCUUGAAGGCCAAAGGGACCCUGAGGCAGGACUUUAGAGAAAGCAUCUUCAGUUCAAUUAAAGCCAUUCAUUCAGUAAACCAAUCACUGCUUGUCCAUCUGGAGAACGGCUACUUUGGCCGAGGCUUCGAACAGAUGUGUCCACAUCUGCACCACUACAACACGUAUGUGGACAACAUCUAUAAUGCCAGCAAAGUGCUCGGGGUCCAGCUGAAGAAAAACAAGGCCUUCAGACGUUUUAAGAAACUACAGGAAGCCCGACCAGAGUUCAACAACCAGAAGCUCGAAGACUUACUUCAACUGCCCGUUCAGCGGAUCGACCAGUACAAGCAUUUCCUACAGGACCUGACUGCCAACACGAGUCCAGACAACCCAGAGUUUCAGCAGCUUUCAAGGGCAGUGAGUGCAGUGUGCGACGUAUCCCAGCGUAUCCAGGACAACGCCCGCUGCCAUGAGAACCACCUGCAGCUUUGCCGGGUGCAGAAACUGCUGAAAGGGCGAAAGACAAAGGUGUUGGCUGCAGGGCGGUGGUACAUCAGGGAGGGCUGGCUGAAGGUGGUUCCUCCUAAAGGUGCAGACGUUCAGCCCAAGAUGUUCUUCCUCUUCUCUGACAUGCUGCUGCAGGCCAAGCGCUGCGGCCCGCUGCGGAGCGGAGACAGGUUUUUGGGCCAGUGCGCCUUCCCCCUGCAGGACUGCACCGUGGAGAAGGUGUUUGGCCACACCCGGAGCCAGGGAGGCCUGCUCAGCCUAACCUUCCCCAAGGCCAAACUCCUGCUGAUGUCCUGCAACCAGGAGGAGCUCAAUGACUGGUACCAGAGCCUGAGCUCUGCUGUCGGGAAGCUGCAGUCCAAGCAGACAGUAGUGCAUCAAAGAGAUGAGUUGUCCCGCAGACCGCUCAGACCAGCUGCGGCCGCUGCCGACACUGCCAGCCGCAGAAAGAGAAACAUGGUGAGCGGUGAGACCAGUGAGCAUGCUCAGGAGCCUCCAGCUGGGUGGGGGGGCAGCGCCCCCAAGAGGAUAAAGCAGUGUGAUGCUCCAGAGCAGAGCAGUGCAGAGGCAUCCACCUCCAGCUGUGUGAUCCUCUGAUGGGGGGCAGUCUGAGAUGUUUCUACUUCACACCCGUGCCACACAUGCAACUGCAACAGUUUGUUUUACCGUGUGAGUCAGGACAUUGGAUGAUUACAGCAGCUGCAGCCUCUGCUCAUCCUGUGCAAUAUAAACUAACAAUCUGGAUCUGCUGCUUUUAAGAUAAUUUAAUAUAAACUAACAAUAUUUAAAGACCAAAUAUCUGACGAAAGUUAAACUGUGAGCACCAUAUUGCUGCUGAAUGCACCAAUCCCCCAGUCUUCUCAGUCGGCGGUCAUGUGACACUGCGUUUACAGGCCACACACACAUCUGGAUGUACAUCCUUGGGAAAUAUUGAGCUUAAAUCAGAGGACGGCAGAAUAACGGGGAGCCUCCUAUCCUGUCACAUGACAGGAGCAUUGUGUCCAAUCAGCUUGUUUCUGAUGGGACACACACACACACACACACACACACACACACGCCUUCACUUUAUGUCAUGUAAUCCUGAGGUCAUGAUUCAGGAAUUCACCACGCUCAGGAGGAAAUGCUAAUUAUUUGCAACAUCAAAGUGCUCAUCAAUUAUGAAACUACAAAAUGGCCAAUAUUAAAUAAAUGGAUUAAAAAUGAUGAGAUAAAGCGUCACAGGACUAGAAUAAAAUAGAAACAAUUUCAAAUAAACAAUGGUUCAAACUCAGCUGAUUAUCAUGAAAUGUUGUUUCUGUUAUGCUGUUAAGUUUUAGUUUAUUAUAGAAAUUUACUUUUUUUUUAACGUUUGUUUUAUUUCAUUUCUAAUCACCUGGCACCAAUCAGUUUCAGGGAGAAAAUGCUAUUAUGAAAUCUUUUUUUUUUUGACAACACUAGCUACUAAAUAUCAUUUUACAGUAACCAGUUGAGUUCUAAAUCGGUUGUAUGAUUUCAUACACAGUUUAAUAGUGGUUAUUGGAAUGUUUCAUAGUUAUGACUAGGAAUGGAGUUCGUGUUCACAUUUACAAUAGUUGGAAUGUCUGAUUGGAUGGUUUGUUUGCCGGAUCUGCAGUAGUUACUCCUACUGGAAUUAUGAUAAUGAUGAAUGAGUUCAGUCAAUCAGCUGCACUAUCUGCAUCCAGGCCAGGUAACCUGCUUAACAGAAGUUUUAGAAGAUGACUCUUGCUUUUUAAUGAUUACAUCAUGUCUAUAUCCUGUAUUAACAAAUCAGCAUAUAUAUAUUUGUCUCUCUUCUGCAAAAUACUUCCUAUAUUGAAUUAUCACCAUAUAGCAUUUGAAAGUGUAGUGUGUAUCUUACAGAUCAUUAUUUAUCUUUUCUUUUUUUUUCUUUUCUUUUUUUUACACCUUUUUGCUAUCCAAAGUUGUUACACUUUCUACAAAUCAUGAAUGGAGAUGGAAAUCAUUACAAUUUCCUAAUAAAACUCUAAAAUAAG